CGGUGACAUCGCACUGUUCUCAUCGAUUUAUGGCAUUCAAGUUCGAGCUAGGCAUUCGGGAAAACCAUCAUUAAACCACCGGGAGCCGGCGGAGUGCACUUUGUUUAUUAUAGUGAAUUAGCAGCAGUUACAAGAUGCCCAGCGCAGCUGUGAACGGGUUGUCAGGAGGCGCUACGGAUGCGGAGGAUGUGGUGAUGACGGGGCUGUCAGGGCGGCUGCCGGAGUCAGACACCAUCGAGGAGUUCGCGCAGCAACUGUUCGACGGGGUGGACCUCGUCACCGCCGACGACCGACGCUGGACGCCAGGUCUUCAUGGACUGCCCGAACGUAAUGGGAAGCUUAAAGAUUUAUCACAUUUCGAUGCCACAUUCUUCGGCGUGCAUGCGAAACAAGCACAUCUGAUGGACCCUCAGCUGCGGCUGCUGCUCGAGGUGACGCACGAAGCGAUCGUGGACGCGGGCAUCAACCCUGCCGAGCUUCGCGGCUCCCGCACCGGCGUCUACGUCGGCGUCUCUAAUUCGGAAACCGACGAAAUGUGGACCAGCGACCCCGACAAGAUCAACGGCUACGCCCUCACCGGCUGCUGUCGCGCUAUGUUCCCCAACCGCAUAUCGUACACGUUCGACCUGAAGGGUCCGUCGUACGCGAUCGACACCGCCUGCUCCAGCUCUAUGUUCGCCCUGGCGCAGGCCGUGGCCGCCAUCAAAGCGGGACACUGCGACGCGGCCGUCGUCGCCGGCGCCAACCUCUGCCUGAAGCCCGGCAACUCGCUCAACUUCCACCGACUGAGCAUGCUGUCGCCGGAGGGCCGGUGCGCCGCGUUCGACGCGGAGGGCCGCGGGUACGUGCGCUCGGAGGCCACCGUGGUGGUGCUGCUGCAGAAGCGCGGCCACGCGCGGCGCGUGUACGCCACGGUGCGCGGCGCGCGCAUGAACACCGACGGCCACAAGGAGCAGGGCAUCACCUACCCCGCCGGAGAGAUGCAGCGGCAGCUCGCCGCCGAGACGUUCCGGGAGGCGGGACUGAGGCCGCAGGACGUCGCGUAUGUCGAGGCACAUGGCACAGGAACUAAGGUGGGCGAUCCACAAGAAGUGAACUCGAUCGCAGAAUUAUUUUGCAAAGACAAAAAGACUCCAUUGUUGCUGGGGUCGGUGAAGUCUAACAUGGGACACUCGGAGCCCGCGUCGGGCUUGUGCUCGAUUGCGAAAGUACUGAUCGCAAUGGAAAAGGGCAUUAUUCCUGGAAAUCUACAUUUCAAAUCUCCCAAUCCUGAUAUACCAGCACUCAGCGACGGUAGAAUAAAAGUGGUGGACCGCAACACGUCUUGGGAGGGCGGGCUGGUGGCGGUGAACUCGUUCGGGUUCGGUGGCGCGAACGCGCACGUGAUCCUGGAGUCGGAGCGCGCGCACGGCAAGCGUGAGAGUGCACGCGCGCCGUACGCGCUGCCGCGGCUGGUGGUCGCGUCGGGCCGCACCGAGCCCGCCGUGCGCGCGCUGCUCGAGCACGCCGCCGAGCACGCCUCCAACGCCGACCUGCACGCGCUGCUCGACGCCGUGCACGCACGCGCCGUGCCCGGCCACGCGCACCGCGGCUAUGCCGUGCUCACCGACCCACCGCUGCAGGAGAUCCUCGAAUUUGACAACAGUGAGCCGCGACCGAUCUGGUUCGUGUUCUCGGGAAUGGGCUCGCAGUGGGCGGGCAUGGCACGCUCGCUGAUGCGACUGCCGACAUUCGCGGCUACGAUCGAGCGAGUGGCCGCAGCCCUCCGUCCUCACAACAUCGACCUGCUGCACGUGCUAAUCGACGCGCCCGACGCCGCCUUUGAAGACGUCAUCAACUCCUUCGUGUCCAUCGCGGCGGUACAAGUGGCGCUGGUUGACGUACUGCGCGCCGUCGACAUCCGACCUGAUGGCAUCGUCGGUCACUCUGUAGGCGAACUAGGGUGUGCGUACGCGGACGAGACGCUGACGGCGGAGCAGGCGGUGCUGGCGGCGUACUGGCGCGGGCGCAGCAUCGCGGACGCCGCGCUGCCGCCGGGCGCGAUGGCCGCCGUCGGCCUCACGUGGCAGCAGUGCGUCGAGCGCUGUCCGCCCGACGUCGUGCCGGCCUGCCACAACGCCGCGGACAGUGUCACCGUAUCGGGUCCGGUUCCGUCGAUAGAGAAGUUCGUAGCCGAGUUGUCUGCAGCGGGCACGUUCGCGCGCCGCGUCAACAGCAGCGGCGUGGCGUUCCACAGCAAGUACAUCGCGGCGGCCGCGCCGCUGCUGCGCGAGCGGCUGCGCACCGUCAUACCAGACCCCAAGCCGCGUACUGCGCGCUGGGUCUCCUCCUCGCUGCCCAAGGACCAGUGGAACUCUGAUAUCGCGAAGCUGAGCGACGCGGAGUACCACGUGAACAACCUGCUGUCGCCGGUGCUGUUCGCGGAGGCGCUGGCGGCGGUGCCGGCGCGCGCGCUGGUGGUGGAGGUGGCGCCGCACGCGCUGCUGCAGGCGGUGCUGAAGCGCGCGCUGCCCGCGGCCGCCGCGCACGUGCCGCUCGUGCGCCGCGACCACCCCGAGCCCUGCGCGCACCUGCUGGCCGCCCUCGGCAGGGUGUACGCGGCGGGCGCGCAGCCGGCGGCGGGGCGGCUGUACCCCGCGGUGGCGUGGCCCGUGUCGCGCGGCACGCCGGGGCUGGCCUCGCGUGUCCGCUGGGACCACUCCGUCGAGUGGAGCGUCGCGGACUUCGGCGCCGCCGCCCGCGCCGGGGAGAACGUCGUCGAGGUGGACCUCUCGCGCGCCCGACACGCCUACGUCGCCGGACACCAGAUCGACGGACGAGUCCUCUUCCCUGCCACCGGAUACAUUACCCUUGUAUGGCAAACUAUUGCCAAGUUUCAUAAUAAAAAAUUCGAAGAGACCGCGGUAAUCCUCGAAGAUUUGCAGCUUAAAAGAGCCACUAUAAUGUCUCGGGACGUGCCGGUCAAGUUCCUGGUGAAUAUUCUUGACGGCACCGGCGAAUUCGACGUGUGCGAGGGAGGCAGCGUCGUCGUCACGGGCAAGGUGCGCCUCGUCGAAGAGCCGACUACGGAACGACUCUCCAUGCCUCCAGUUAGUGCUGUGGAAGAACCGGAUCUAUUGCCACUAGUCACAGAUGAUAUAUACAAAGAACUUCGGCUCAGAGGAUAUAACUACGGCGGUGUAUUCCGAGGAAUACGGAGCUCAGAUCCAAGAGGCACAAGGGGUGAACUCGAGUGGAAUGGCAAUUGGAUAUCUUUUAUGGACACCAUGCUUCAAUUCGGUCUUAUCGGUGCCAAUACACGAGAAUUAUACUUGCCUACUCGCAUUCAACGCGUAUUGAUCGAUCCUGUGGCGCACGUAGCCGCCGGAGCGGGUGUCGACGUGUUGCCGGUGAGGCGUGACGCCGACGUUGACGUCGUCAUCUGCGGUGGUCUAGAGUUUCGAGGUGUCAAGACGAGCCUCGCGCCACGACGUACCAACGUGCAAUCGCCACCGAAGUUAGAAAAAUACGUAUUUGUGCCUUACGAUAACGCGAAUAUUGGUACCGAGGACACGUCGCGAUCGAAGCGAGAUGCGCUCACUGUGAGCGUACAGCUCGUACUGGAAAACGUGGGAACGCUUCGGCUGAAGGUGACGGAGGCAGCACUGGAUCGGCCGGCAGACUCAUUGCUGGCGCCGAUCGCACUGCAGCUGCUGGAAGCCGAGCCUCAGGUGCGUGUGGAGGCCAGCCUCGCCGCAGGCGCCGCGCACGCUGUCUACAAGGCGGCGCCGAUCAUCCAGCAGAUGGGUAUAAAGGUAACAACAAAAGACGCCAACGAAACCGCCCCGGACAGCGAGUGCCAUCUGGUGGUGGCGGGCGGCGUGGCGUCGUCGCCUGACAGUGCGGAGGUGCUGGGCCGGCUGGCGGAGGCGCUGGCCGACGGCGGCAUGGUGCUGGUGGAGGAGGCGCACGGCGCGCUGGGGGCGGCGGCGGCGGAGCGGGCCGGCCUCGAGCUCGUGUCGCGGCAGGCGACCGCCGACUGCGAGUACCUGGUGCUGCGGCGGCGCGUCCCGCCGCCGGCCGAGCACGUGGUGGUGGAGGUGGAGGACGAGCGCUCGUACGGCUGGGUGGAGCCGCUGCGCGCGGCGCUGAAGCGCGCCGAGAGCGCGGCCGCGGAGCUGCGCGUGUACGCGGUGUCGCGCGCGGCCGGCGGCGGCGUGCUGGGGCUGGGCACGUGCCUGCGCGCCGAGCCGGGCGGCCGCGCGCUGCGCGUCUUCUAUCUGCCCGACUGCCGCGAGCCCUUCCAGCCCGCCGCGCCCCACUUCGCGGACCAGCUGCGCAAGGACCUGGCCGUCAACGUGCUGCGCGCCGGCGUCUGGGGCUCCUACAGGCACCUUCUGCUCGACGACGCUGCCGAGGCGCAGCUCCAGGUGGAGCACGCAUACGUGAACACAUUAACUCGCGGUGACCUGUCGUCGCUACGGUGGAUCGAGAGUCCGCUGCGAUUUGCGAGCGAGACGCAGUGGCCCGCGCACACGGACCUUUGCCAAGUCUACUACGCGCCACUGAACUUCCGCGACAUUAUGUUGGCUACUGGCAAGCUACCGCCCGACGCGUUGCCGGGAAAUCUUGCAGGGCAGGAGUGUAUCCUGGGGCUGGAGUUCAGCGGGCGGUCGUCGCGGGGCGCGCGCGUGAUGGGCAUGGUGGCGGCGCGCGGGCUGGCGACCAGCGUGGUGGCCGACUCGGGGUUCCUGUGGGAGGUGCCCGCGGCGUGGUCGCUCGAGCAGGCGGCGACGGUGCCGGUGGCGUACGCGACGGCGUACUACGCGCUGGCGGUGCGCGGGCGCAUGCGGCGCGGGGAGGCGGUGCUGGUGCACGCGGGCACCGGCGGCGUGGGGCAGGCCGCCAUCGCGAUCGCGCUGCACGCCGGCUGCACCGUGUUCGCGACGGUGGGCACGCCCGACAAGCGCGCCUUCCUGCGCGAGCGCUUCCCGCAGCUGCGGGACGACCACGUCGGCAGCUCGCGCGACACCUCCUUCGAGCAGCUGGUGCUGCGUCAGACGCGCGGCCGGGGGGUCGACCUCGUGCUCAACUCGCUCGCCGCCGACAAGCUGCAGGCCUCCGUGCGCUGCCUGGCCGAGGGCGGCCGAUUCUUAGAGAUCGGCAAGCUGGAUCUCUCGAACAACACCCCUCUCGGAAUGUCGUUCUUCUUGAAAAACACAACAUUCCACGGCAUCCUGCUGGACGCGCUGUUCGAGGCGUCGGCCGAGGACGCGGAGAAGGCGGCGGUGGUGCGCUGCAUGACGGAGGGCAUCGCCAGCGGCGCCGUCCGCCCGCUGCCCGCCACCGUCUACCACGACCACCAGCUCGAGCAGGCCUUCCGAUACAUGGCGACUGGCAAACACAUCGGUAAAGUUUUGUUGCGCGUGCGCGAGGAGGAGGCUUCGACGACGCGCCCCAUCACCAAGAUGAUAUCCGCCAUUCCGCGCACCUACCUACACCCCGCCAAGAGCUACGUCUUAGUGGGCGGCCUCGGCGGCUUCGGGCUCGAGCUGGCGCAGUGGCUGGUGGUGCGCGGCGCGACGCGGAUCGUGCUGAACUCCCGCAGCGGCGUCCGCACCGGCUACCAGUCCAUGUGCAUCCGCAGGUGGCGCGAGGCGGGCGUGGCGGUGGCGGUGUCGCGGGCGGACGCGGGCGGCGCGGAGGGCGCGCGCGCGCUGCUGCGGCAGGCGGCCGCGCUGGGGCCCGUCGGCGGCGUGUUCAACCUGGCCGCCGUGCUGCGCGACGCCUUCCUCGAGAACCUCACGCCGGAAGACUUCAAGACCGUCGCGAAAGCCAAAGUCGACGGCACGCGGGCGCUGGACGCGGCCACGCGCGAACUGGCGCCGCAGCUGGACUACUUUGUGGCGUUCUCGUCGGUGUCGUGCGGGCGCGGCAAUCCCGGCCAGAGCAACUACGGCUACGCCAACUCGGUCAUGGAACGCAUCUGCGAGCAGCGGCAGGCCGACGGUCUGCCGGGUCUCGCCGUGCAGUGGGGCGCCAUCGGCGAGGUGGGCCUGAUCGUGGAGACGAUGGGCGGCGACGAGGCCGUGGUGGGCGGGACGGUGCCGCAGCGCGUGGCGUCGUGCAUGCAGGCGCUGGGCGCGCUGCUGGCGCGGCCGCACGCCGUGGUCGCCAGCAUGGUGCUGGCAGACAAGCGGCGCGGGCCCGCGCAGCCCGCACACGACGUCGUCCACGCAGUCGCCAACAUACUCGGCAUUAAGAACCCGAGCAAAACAUCGAAUACGGUCAGCCUCGCGGAGCUAGGAAUGGAUUCACUGAUGGGCGCAGAGAUCAAGCAGACGCUGGAGCGCAGCUACGACUUGGUGCUGGGCGUGCAGGAGAUCCGGACGCUCACGUUCGGCAAGCUCCGCGAGCUGACCGGCGGCGAGCCCGGCGACGGCGGCGCGGCCCCCGCCCCCGCCCCCGCCGCCGCCGCCGCCUCCUCCUCCUCCCCGUCCCCGUCCCCGUCCCCCGCCGCCGCGGCCGCGCCCGGCGCCGGCCCCCUGGUGCGGCUGCCCGCCUCGGGCGACCUCAUGCCCUCGCAGGUGAUGGUGGAGCUGCCGAGCGCGGCGGCGCGGGCGGGCCGGCCCGUGUUCAUGGUGCACCCGCUGGAGGGCGUGGCGGACGCGCUGCGGCCCCUGGCGGCGCGCGUGCGGGGCCGCGUGCUGGCGCUGCAGUGCACGGCCGACGCGCCGCUGCAGGACCUGCCCGCGCUCGCGCGCUUCUACGUGGCGCACGUGCGCGCCGCCCAGCCGCAGCCGCCCUACGUGCUGCUGGGGUACUCCUUCGGCGCCAGCGUCGCUUUCGAAAUGACCCUGCAGCUCGAGAAGUCAGGAUGUGAAGUACACUUGAUUAUGGUCGACGGCUCCCCUGCGUACGUGGCGAAGCACACUGCGCUCGGAAAAACCAAGAACGUCCCGCGGACGAAGGCGAGCGACGAGGCGGACGCGCUCACCGUGUUCGUGCAGCAGUUCAAGGAGGUGGACGGCGCGCAGGUGUCGGCGGAGCUGGCGCGGCUGGGCGGGUGGGAGGCGCGCGUGCGGCGCGUGGCGGCGCUGCUGGCGGAGGCGGAGGCCGCGCUGGCGCCGGCGGCGGCGGCCUUCUACGGCAAGCUGGCCGUCGGCGACGCGUACCGCGCGGCCGGCCGCGUGCGCGCGCCCGUCACGCUGUUCCGCGCGCGCGACAACUACGUCGCGCUGGACGAGCACUACGGGCUGCGCGAGCUGUGCGCCGGCCCGCUCGCCGCGCGACAGCUGCCCGGCGACCACCGCUCCAUCCUCGCCGGCGACGCCGCCCAGCUCAUCGCCGACCACGUGUCCGCCACGCUGGAGCGGCUGGCCGGCCAGCAGUAGC